AAUAAAAGGAAGUUCCCGGAGCAGCUGAGACGAGACUCUGAAGGUUUUUUCGGAUUAUUUAUGUUAUGGAAGAGGCGGGGAAGUGUGUAAUGCAUCUAAGAACCUUGUAAAACGUCACAGAGGACAAGUUUUGAGCUUUAUAAAGAUUGAAUACUCGUGGACAGCAAAGAUGGAGCCAGAGGGAGAAGGUCCCCUUGCCAUUGUUCCUGCAUCAGGUGACCAGCAAGGUACAGGAAAGACUGAAUCUGCAGAUGCCUCCGAGGAUGAAGGGAUUUUCGUGCCUGGGAAGCCUGACACGACUGUGGAUAACCAAGAACAGGAGGAAACAAAAUCAAAAAGAAAUGAAGGUGUUGAAGUUGAUGAUAAAGCUUUAGAAGACGAAGAAUCAGAAACAAAGUCGAUGACAAUUGUGUCAGAUGACGACAGUGAUGUAGAUGCAAAGAAUAUAAUAACUUCUAGCAGGAGGAGAAAGGCCAUUCUCUCGGAUGACGAAGAUUCUAAUCCACUCCCUUCACGUCCUGUUAAUAAAGGUUUCCUUAGUAGUGAUGAGGAGCAGGAAGAAGAGGAAGAUUUAGACAAGAAAUCCAAGAGCUCAAAAACAAAGAGGAUAGUGCAAAGGAUUGGCUCUGACAGUGAUGACAGUGAAUCUGAGAUUUUCCCGAGGAAUGCAUAUGAUCAGCCACCAGUAGCAAUUAAGCCAUACAAAUACAACAGUGAUCUGUUUGAUGCUGAGCUGACAGAUGAAGAUGAGCCUAGACCUAAGGCUGGGGAAAGCUUUUCUCCUACACGGCCACAGUAUUCAGAUGAUGAGAAUGAGAGAAGUGCAGCCACGAGCAAGAUAAAGAAGAAAAAAGGUCCAUCUUUGAAAGAGAGGCAACAGGAAGUUAUGGACAUCCAUAGUGAAACCCAACGAAUGGUGCGGGAUUCCCAGAUAUCCCUGCCCUAUCACAGGCCCAAGCAGAGGACUCUGGCAGAAUUUCUGGAAAGACGUAAGAAAGUUGCACCUGUUCUGAGUCUCAAACGUGGCAGCCUGAAGAUGAGUAUGCGAGAUAUGGCAACAUUAAAGAUGCUAGAAGAAAAGAAAAAGGAAGUUGAAGACUUCUACAAAUCAGACUCAGAUCAGGAGGACCCAGAAGACAGAGACUGGACUCCAGGGAACAAUCCAGAAGGAGAUCAGGCAGACCAUGACAAAGAAAUGGAUAAGGAAAUGGAAACUCAGCUUCCUUCCCAGGCUGGUGAUAAUGAAGACCUUCCAGACUUAUCUCAGAAUAUUGGUGCUCCUGAAGAAGGCAAGACUGAUAAUGUUGAAGAGCAACAGUCCUCAAUGGAUGUGGAUAAGGAAACUCACCCUGAUGUGGGAGGCGUGGUAGGUGAGUCCACAAAGAAGAAUGUGGAUGACUCAGGCAUUCAGAGUGGGGCUUCAUCUUCUGCCGAGGACUCUCAGCCUGACCAAGAUGUGGUGAUGGAAGACGUCACAGCUGGUGCAAAGGAAGACGUAGUGACUUCUGUUGUUAAAGAAUCAAGAGAUACUCAAGAUGAUUUUGAAAUAGAGGAAUGUCUUCCUAAAACUACAACAGAAGAAAAAGACAGUCCUCAGAUAAUUUCAUCAGACCCAAAAAGCCCACAAAACUCAGAAGCAAAGAGUGGAAAGAAGACUGAAACUCCCAAACUGAAUCUUCUAGCAGCAAAGUUGCCAGACUUGGACCUAAACAAGAUCACAAAGACAACACCAAAGCUUAGUCUUGGAAAAGACUGCGACUUCAUUGAUCUGGAUGAAGAACCAACUGUAACACCAAAGAACCCAGGAUUGAACGAGCUGAUGAAUCGCUUUGUUCGACACUCAAAUACAAAGAGAAAACCGGUUGAUAAGCAGCAAGUGAAUUUAAGUGUUGUAUCGAAGGAGAAGGGUGAAGACGGCUCAGAAAAGCUUGUAGCAUCCAACAUUAUUGUGAAUCUUGAUGCUGAAGAUGAUGAUAUGCCAAUUGAAACGGUCCCUGGCGCACGUCACAUGUCCCUUAAAACUGCCCUCCAAGCAAAAAUUAGGGAACAGCGAGAACGAGAGAGAGUACGUAGGGUUAAGGAGCGCCAGUUUAUUGAAUCAGAGCAAGUCAUAGAAGAUUACCAAGACAAUGGACCUUUCCUGGAUGAGGAAAAGGAGUUCACUGACCAGAGCGACACAGACUGUGAGUCUGAACCGGAAGAAAAUGACAUCAUCAUCAAGGAUAAGAAACGCAAAAAGAACAAAUAUCUGGAUGAAGAGGCUGAAGAUGAAGAUGAAGAGAUGCAAGAGGAUGAUGAGGAUAGUGCAGAUGAGGGAGAUGAAGAGGGUGAUGAUGAUGAUGACGAUGAUGGAGGAAAUCAAGAAGCCGAGGACGACGACAGUAAUGAUACCGUGGAGCUGCCCAGCACUCGCAAGAGGAUAAUCAUGGAGGAUAAAGAUGAGGACAAUGAGGAUGGAGACCACUUGAAGUUGCAGUGGGAAGAGUCGCAAGAUGUCAAUGCUCUUGCCAAGUCCAAAUCGCUCAUUGAAGGCCUGACGCGUACAAACACCGAGGACCUCUUUGCCUCGCAGUCUAAAAAAAUGGAUUCAGUGGACAAAGAUGCAAGUAUUACAUCCAUGGAUUCAAGUUUUGAAUUCUUUGGAUCUGUCAUUCCUGGUCAUCAGCCAGGUGGUGGGCUCCGCCGCAGUGGAGAGGGCAUACCCAAUGAAAACGAUGGUGAAACUGCCUUCUUAACUCCAUUAACAAAAACUAAAUCUGGCAGUUUCAGUAGUGUAGGGCGAGAUCGUGACUUAAGCCUACCCAUAGAAAACUCUCAGGACCUCUUUAUAUCAUCAGCCCCACAUAGUGCUCCUGGCUCACCCUCUACAGAAGGUCCAAGUCUUCACCUUACCCCAAUGGAAGACUCCCAGUUUGGCCCUCAUGAAUCACGCAAGGAAACUAACCCUAUGGCCAAGCUGAAGUUGGACUUCACAGGCAUAGAGGGUUCCCAGGAUGGAGACGAACUCAUUGGGCUUUGUUCAGGACAGUUUACCGGAAAGGAAACUUCGUCAAAGGUAGACCAGCUGUGUGAAGAAGAGUUUGCCCCAACACAGGACAUAAACAGCCUCAUGGGCCUGUGUUCAGGUACCUUUGGUAUGCAAGAUAAAGACAGACCCAAUGCCUUUGCUGCACUCACUGAAUCUCAGGAUAAGAAGAAUGAGGAUGAGGAGGAUGAGCUUCUUGGCCUGUGCACCGGAAAGUUCACUAUGGAAAAUGCAAAGAAGUCUAUAGGUGAUGGAAAGGAAUCAACAGAAGAGGAAGAAUCAAAAUUGCAAUUUGACGAUGACAGAACAUCCUCGCCCAUACCUGAAAUGGUGGUAUACUCAUCAGAUGACGAAGAACCAGAGAAAAGGAAGAAGGUCAAGAAAAGGAAACGAAUCUUGGCUUUUUCUGAUGACGAGGAUGCACAGGGACCAGUUGAGUAUGACGAUGAAGAAAAUGAGAUACCACGUACAACAUUCACAGGCUUCAAAGAUAAGAAAAAAGGAGGCAUCAGAGCAGACUUCUUAGAGAAUGAGGCCGAGCUCUCUGGGUCCGAGGAAGACUCUGGUGACGAAUAUGAAGGUGGACAUGACUUCAUGGAGGAGGAGGAGGGUGACAGGGAACAGUUUGAUGAGAAUGACCUUAGAAAUCAGGUUGGCCGGGCACAUUUGAAAACUUUGAUAGACUCGGACAAACGCGAAUUGCGGUUGCUACAAGAAAUGUACUUAGAAGAUGGCGAAAUGCAUGGUGAAGGGCGUCAGAGACAAUUCAGAUGGAAGAAUAUUGAUGACAACGAUGAAAAUGAAAGGAAGAUGGAUUCAGACGAGGAGCAAAAUGUGGGAGAGGAUGAGCUAGAAGAUGCAGAAUGGAGGAAGCAGAGAUAUGAAAGGGAAAAGUUCUUGCAGGAACAGCAGGAAAAGGUAGGAGACACCUUGGAAACUGAAAUGUUCAAGAUUGGUCAGCGUCCGUUAAUGAGAACGGUUUCCAGUAGUGAUUCAGCCUCCAAACGAGAGCCACUGAAAACAGCUAACCCAGCCCCAGCAGCAGCACCACUAGUUAAAAAGCCUGCAGUGAAUCCCUUUUGCAUGCCGUCUAAGCGUGGUUCCUUCCUCUCAAGAGACAAGAAUACUUUAGCACGUAUUGCAGAGCUCACAAAGGACAAAGGAAGUGUAAUAGGGGGAGCCAAGCAAGCAGGUAACUUUGUCUUCCAGCAGUUGACAGCAGAAGAGGUAGAGAAAAAAGAGAAUGCCAAAGUCAAGAGGAGCUCGAGCUUGCCUGCUGCCAAGAAAGCAAGACUAGAUCGCAGCUUCUUCAGUAUGGAUGAAUCAAAACAGUCUUCAAGUAUAUUUAAGCAUUUUUAACGAUGAUUUAGAUAGACGAAUAAGGAAAAGCGUAAAGAUUUAGAUAAGAUUCUAGAUUUUAUCUGUAGUUUUCUUUUAUAUGAAAUUCUUAUUUUCAAGAAUUAGAAUAAUGGUUCAUCUGUUAUACCUUCCAUUUUUUCAACACAUUGUAAUUCCUCAUUUUUUUUAUACCAACAAUUUUCUUCUCAUCUUUAUUUUAACAGAAUUAUAAUGGAUUUGUUACAAAAAAGAAACAUUUCUUUACUUUCUCAUUUUAUGCAUUUGUGUGGAUGUGUAUGUAUAUGUCAUUUUGUGUAUAUAUAUAUAAGAUAUUAAAAUAAGAGUAUUUAUUUUGUGCAAUGUUUUUAUAGACAGAUACCGGUUGCUAAACUGCAUAAUUCAUUUUUAUAUUUUAAUUUGGUGCAUUAAAAAUACACCC